AUGGAAUCUGGUUCUGAAGAAGAAAUUGUGCAACCUGAACAACGAGGACAAGCUGACCAGGAUUACAAAGUCAAGGCUGAGAUCCCUUUCUUUUCUGGCAACUUGGGUGUGGAAGAUUAUCUGGAUUGGCAGCUUCAGGUGGACAGAUUCUUUGAGAUUAUGGAGGUGCCUGAAAACAAGCAGGUUAAACAUGUAGCCUGGCGAUUAAAGAGUAUUGCUGCAGUUUGGUGGGAUAAGUUGCAGAAUACUCGGAAGAAGCAGAGGAAGCAAGGGGUUAAAACAUGGCGAAGAAUGAAACAGCUUAUGAUGGAGAGAUUCUUGCCAGAUGAUUAUGAGCAGAUUUUGUACAAGUUGUAUAUUGAAUGUGUCCAAGGUCAGAAGGUGGCUCGCUAUAUCAGUGGACUGAAGCCAGCCAUUCAAGAGAAAAUCUUAUUGCAAACUGUGUGGACUGUGACAGAAGCUACAAGCCUAGCAUUGAAAGCAGAACUAUUAGAGAAGCCUUCACGAGCUUCUUCUUUCCAAAGGUAUACCUAUCAAAGGAGCACAGAGUUGGUGAACCCCUCAGCUGGCAAGGGAAAAGCCAUACAACAAAAUAUAGAGGGUGCUCCUAGGGCGUCCAAUCCUUCUUUUAAAGGGGCUAGCAGUUCUAGCAGUUCUAGUGGUGCUCAAAAUAGGUUCCCAAAUCAGAAGCCUAAUAAUCCUUAUGCGAGGCCUACAACACAACUCUGCUAUAGAUGCAACAAGCCUGGACAUAGGUCUAAUGUGUGUCCUGAGAGGAGACAAUCUGCCUUUAUAGAUGAUUAUGAUGAAGAUGAUAAAGAAGUUGGAUGA